CUUGAUAAUGGCAAUAAUAAAAUGGCGAUCCAGCAAGCAGAUAAAUUGCUCAAAAAACACAAGGAUCUUCACUGUGCAAAGGUUCUAAAAGCAAUUGGCUUGCAGAGAACAGGGAAGCAAGAUGAAGCAUAUACUCUGGCACAAGAAGUAGCAGCGCUUGAACCCACAGAUGACAAUUCCUUGCAAGCACUAACUAUUCUAUAUCGGGAAAUGCAUAGACCGGAGCUGGUAACUAAACUUUAUGAGGCAGCUGUAAAGAAGGUUCCCAACAGUGAAGAGUAUCACUCUCAUCUCUUCAUGGCCUAUGCCAGGGUGGGAGAAUACAAGAAGAUGCAACAGGCUGGAAUGGCACUUUAUAAAAUUGUACCCAAAAAUCCUUACUAUUUUUGGUCUGUGAUGAGCUUGAUUAUGCAGUCUAUUUCAGCACAGGAUGAAAACCUCUCAAAGACGAUGUUUUUGCCCCUAGCUGAAAGAAUGGUGGAAAAAAUGGUGAAAGAGGAUAAGAUCGAAGCUGAGGCUGAAGUUGAACUUUACUACAUGAUUCUGGAACGUUUGGAGAAGUAUCGGGAAGCCUUAGAUGUUGUGAGAGGAAAACUAGGAGAGAAACUGACAAGUGAGCUCCAAAGUCGAGAGAACAAAUGCAUGGCAAUGUACAAGAAGCUAUGUAGGUGGCCUGAGUGCAAUGCGCUGUCUAGAAGGCUGCUGCUGAAAAACUCAGAUGAUUGGCAGUUUUAUAUAACAUACUUUGAUUCUGUGUUUCAACUCAUUGAUGAAUCCUGGACACCUCCAUCUGAAGAAGAGCACUCUCUGGAAGGAGAGGUACACUAUUCUAUAGAGCAAGCUGUGAAAUUCAUAGAAGAGAGAAUAACAGAAGAAUCUAAGAGCUCUCGGCCACUUCGGGGACCAUAUUUAGCUAAACUGGAGCUGAUUAGACGCUUGCGACACAGAGGUUGUAAUGAUGAACAUAAACUAGGUGAUCCAGAAGAACUAAUGUUCCAGUACUUCAAAAAAUUUGGGGACAAACCCUGCUGUUUUACUGAUCUCAAAGUAUUUGUGGAUCUCCUCCCAUCCAGCCAAUAUACAAAGUUCAUCAGUCAAUUGCUGGAAGUAAUCCCUCUGUCAGCAACAGCAGAGAGUGAAAUUGCACUGCCGGAGGAUAUCAAAGCCCUGCAGCAACACUUGUGUGUGGUGCAACUCUCAAGGUUGCUUGGUAUCUAUCACGCCAUGGACAAGAAACAGAAGCCGACUGUGGUUCGGGAGUUGAUGUUAAGAUACCGCCAUGGAUUGGAGUUUGGGAAAUCUUGUUUGAAAACUGAAUUGCAGUUUUCAGAUUAUUACUGCCUGCUUGCAGUUCACCUGCUGCUUGAUCUGUGGCUAGAGGAAGGUGAAGAGACGGCUGUGUGGCAGUGCCUGACCCUCUUAGAAGAGGGGCUAUCUCAUAGUCCUUCUAAUGCUCAGUUCAAAUUGCUGCUCAUUCGAAUCUACUGCAGGCUUGGUGCAUUUGAACCCGUUGCAGAGCUGUAUUCCAGCCUUGAUGCAAAACACAUACAGCACGACACCAUCGGCUAUCUUCUGACGCGCUAUGCAGAGUCACUGGGCCAUUAUGCUGCUGCAUCCCAAUCCUGCAAUUUUGCACUCAGGUUUUUCCACUCCAACCAGAAAGAUACCUCAGAAUAUAUCAUUCAAGCCUACAAGUAUGGUGCGUUUGAGAAGAUCCCAGAAUUCAUUGCAUUUAGAAAUAGGCUGAACUCCUCCCUUCACUUUGCGCAAGUUCGCACAGAGCGGAUGUUGCUAGACCUUCUACUUGAAGCAAAUAUAUCAACCAGUUUAGAAGAAAGUAUAAAGUCCAUGAGUCUGAGCCCAGAGGAUGAUGACAUUCCGUGGAAAGAUUUGCGUGACAACAGAGACCUGACAGUCUUGUUUAAUUGGGAUCCAAAAGACAGGGACAUUUCUGAAGAACAUAGGAAACUCUCAUUGGAGGAAGAAACCCUGUGGUUGCGAAUCCGAUCUUUAACUUUAAGGCUAGUAAGUGGACUCCCAACUCUUAGUCACACUAUUCAACCAAAGAACUCUGAAAAGACUGCAGAGAACGGCGUCUCAUCCAAGAUUGAUACAAUUCGAUCUCUGCUUCAACAGCUGGAAGCGGCAGUGGAUUCAGGGAAGAAGUUUCUAGAACAAAAAAUUCAGUAUCCUGUCCUUGGCCCUCCUCCUACCCGAAUGGCUGGCUUCUUCAGUAAUGGCAGCUGUCAAUGCCAGACUAGCUUGUUUUAUCUUGUUAGUGAUAUUUAUGAACUAGAUACCAAUGGCCUAGAAGAUUCUGCAGAAGUCCAGGAGAGGAUAGGGAAUAGUUUCAAGUCUUUAUUAGAACGAUUGACAGACUUGUUCAAUAAGUGUAAAGGUGACUUGAUUGAAGUCAGAGAUGGCACCUUGAAAACUCAUCCAAACCUGUUAGAAAACUUAGUCUUCUUUGUUGAGACGAUCUCCAUCACCCUCUGGGUAUCGAGUUACUGUGACAGCGUCCUCCGACCUUUUAAAUCCAACUUGCAAAAAAAGAAGAAGAAAAAAAAAGAAAGCAGUGUAGCUAUGCCUCCUGUAUUUACGCAUUUUCUGGAUUAUGUUACUGACCUACAGACAUUAACUUCCAAUGUAAUAGAUCACAUCAAAGGGCUUGAAAUAAUUCUGACUGCGCUAAAACUUGAAGACUUGUCCCUCAAGGACGCUCUGCCUUUACAGGAAGAAAAAAAGUUUACAAAGACUGUGCAAGGGAAGGUCCAGAGCAGUUACCAUCACUCAAUUCAGGAAAUUGGAGAGCUGCUGAAAAAGAGACUUGAUACCAUUAAAAAACUAAAGAUUUAAGAAAUGCAUCUUUGGCAAAGACUCCAGGAGAGUGAUACCAGAGUCCCAGACAGAAGCACCAUCCAAUAUACCAUCACUUUAAUCCAGAACUUCCUCAUAAUGCAUGAAGGACUUAAAAUCUUAAAAAAAUUUUUUUAGGUAUUACAGAUGUAUUCAGCUGAUUUAAAUUUCUGUACAUAAACCAGAAGCAGGGACCCUCAUCAGGGUUUGACCACUUUUUAUACAUGUUCAUAAGCAUAUUACAACAGAAGAAAAUUAACUUUCUUCCCUUUUGAUCUCUAGAAACAACUGGAGAUGGUCUUUAGAAGCAGCAAUAGAAAUCCAACGUAAAGCAUAUAUCUCAAAGGAGUUGUAUUUUCAUCACCAUACAGUGUUUAUAAUUUUUUUUGUAUGUUCCUUGCCUUAGGAAUGCCGAAAUUGUAGAUGCCCACACUCAGCUGCCUCCAAUGGAAUGAGCCAGCUUUGAAGCUGCCUGUUUCAUCCACAAGCCGCCUGGUCCUACUGAAUUCAGUGUGUCGGUCUAGCGGUGAGAGGUGACUUUGCACUGGAGAAAUGCCCAGCCUUCCAGCAGCGCCUAGCCCUUGGGCGAUAGGGCUGAGUAAGCCAUGCCUAGUAGUGAUGCAGGUUCCUCUAAGGACUGAACACCAGAACUGCUGGAGGGAAGAGGUGGGUGGUGUCAGUUUACACACAGGUUGUUUUCAUGUUUGAGAAGACUGCAAACCUGCUGAAGAGCAAACUUGGCCCGUAAGCUUUUGAGAGAAAGAUGGGAAUCAAUGUUUCAGCAAAAAAGACAAAACCAGAGACCAUGUAUAUAAAAUAGCUGCAGUGAAGUCUGACACUGCAGUCUCUGAUUUCAUGUCAGUUUAAUGUAAAACAGCAAUCAUCAUGACUUUUAAAAAGUGUAUUUAGAUUAUUGAAACUUUAAGACUUAACUAUUUUAAUAGAAAUUAAAUCCUGUUGGCUUUGGUUUUUAAGUUGGCAGAGGUAACUUUUGCUUCCGCUGUGGUAUGAGGCUGAGAAUGCUUUUUGUAACUGUAUGCUUGCUUUUUGCAGUUGAUCUUUGAUUGCUCGAGUACUAGCUCCUUAGGCAUUCUGUUAGAAAGUGCAAUUGCAUCAUCUGCUCCCACUGAAUCUGCAUUUCUGCCUUUUUCCUUUCAUUUUAAAGGAGUAAUGCAGCCUGAAACUGGUGUAGGCAUAAAAGUACAUGUUGCACCUACCAUACGAGGGACAGGUCAGACUUGCACAGAUUCCUCAUCUUCUGAUUUAAAGCAGCUAUUAUCUGAAAUCUAUAUUUAAAGUUUUAAGAGAGCUGACAAUCCUACCUUUUGUCAUCUCUUCUGAAUAUGUUUUGUUAGAAAUGCUAGAAUGUUGAUGAGAGUAUUUUUUUAAAAUAAAUCCCCUGUGUAAAAUUUCA